UCUUCCUUGGUAGAAUCAGUUUGACACACGCAUGCGCGAAUAGUGGGUUUUGUGUGUCAGUGAAGCGGUCAUUGAAUCAUGUCAAGACGCGGUCGAAACGGAGAUGCCAAGGUUUACGUCGGGAACCUGGGCACCGGUGCCGGGAAAGGAGAGCUGGAGCGGGCAUUCGGGUAUUACGGCCCCUUGAGAACAGUGUGGAUUGCCAGGAACCCCCCAGGUUUUGCUUUUGUGGAGUUUGAAGACACCCGGGAUGCUGAAGAUGCAGUACGUGGCCUUGAUGGCAAGAUAAUCAGUGGAUCUCGAGUUCGAGUUGAAUUGUCUACAGGGAUGCCACGGCGAUCUCGGUAUGAGCGAGCACCCACCAACCGGGCCUUUGACCCCAACGACAAGUGCUAUGAGUGUGGUGAGAGGGGGCACUAUGCGUACGACUGCCACCGCUACAGCCGGCGGAGGAGAAGCAGGUCACGGUCUCACUCAAGGUCCCGUGGGAGGAGGCACUCGCGCUCUCGCAGUCACAGCAGGAGCCGUGGCAGGAGAUCAAGAUCCUUCUCUCCACACCGCUCUCAUUCUCCCAGAAGAUCUCAAAAUGUUAUCCCAAAACGAUCAAGAUCUCGCUCAAGGUCAAGAUCCAAAUCGAGGUCACUUUCCAAUGCAAGGAGCAGGUCUGAUUCUGUGGGCAGAUCCAAGUCUGGUUCCCCCAAAAGGAGCCGCUCUGUGUCCAGGAGUCCAUGUUGAAGUAACAACUUUGAGAGAGACAAGUGAACUUUAUGUUAGCAUUGCUUGUGAGUUCUUUGUUAAACUAUUUUAUUGUAUUAUUAAAAAAGUCUGGUAUUGUUUAUUUCCCUUCUAGGGUUAAAGAAAUGUUUAAAUAAAGUCAUACAAUUUUAAAUGCUUUUGUGUUUUAGAAAUAGUUGUUUAAUAAAGUAUGUUUAUAAAGUA